CCAAUUCUCAUAUCACAAUCCAAAACUUACCAACAAAAACCCAAAACAAUGAACACUUUUAGUAACUUGUUUCUCAUAUUCAUAUUGCUAUCUCAAGCAACAUCUUCUCUCUCAAAAUGCCAUCCAGAAGAUAAAAAAAUUCUUCUCCAAAUCAAAAAAGAACUCAACAAUCCAACCUUUCUAUCCUCAUGGGAACCACACACUGAUUGUUGCAACUUCAAGUGGUUUGGUGUUUCUUGUUCAUCCUUAACAAAUGAUCGUGUCACUGAUCUAAGUAUCUCGAAUGUAACACUUACUUCUCGAUUCCCUCCUUCGAUUGGUAACAUAUCUUAUUUACAGUCUCUUUUUAUCUACGAUUUACCAAAUCUCACCGGCAUAAUUCCAGAGUCCAUAACCAAACUCACUAGACUUAUAUAUCUCACAAUUAGUGAAACCGGCGUUACAGGCCCAAUACCAAAAUUCACGGCCCAAUCUAAAAGCCUUGUUAAUUUGGAUCUUUCACAUAAUAACCUCUUCGGAGAAUUACCACCUUUACUAUAUAAAUUACCCAGUCUUUCCGGAAUUCUAUUUAACAACAACAAGUUAACAGGUUCAAUCCCUCGUUCGUAUGGUUACUUCAAUAAUAGCGGCGUAGCUGCUUUAGAUCUCUCUUACAAUAAUCUCUCGGGGAAACUCCCAAUUUCAUUGGCUAAUUUAGAUAUUUACCUUGUUGAAUUGGCUUAUAAUAAGUUAGAAGGUGAUGCUUCUAUGCUUUUUGGUUCCAAUAAAAAGACAUUGGUAAUAGACAUUUCGGGAAACAAUUUUGAGUUUGAUUUUGGAAAAAUUGAGUUGUCUAAAACAAUAACAACAUUGGAUGUGAGUCAUAAUAAGAUCUAUGGUAAUUUUCCUAUGGGAAUGGAAAAUGUAACAUUCUUGAAUGUGAGUUACAAUAGAUUGUGUGGUGAGAUUCCAAAGGUUGGAUAUUUCAAUACUUUUGAUGGGUCUUCAUUCAUUCAUAACAAGUGCUUGUGUGGAUCUCCUCUUCCAAGCUGCAAGUGAUCAUUGGUGUAUGGAUUUGCACUUCUUGUAGAGUUUGAUUGAUAGAUAAAUCUGAGUUAAUUGUUUCAAUUAUAGUGAUCAUCAUGUGACACUCUUAACAAUAAUUAUUCAGCAAUGUAUGAGUAUUUUUAUUUUCUUUAAUUUGUCAUGUGACACUAUUUGUUUGUAAGUUGUGCCCUUUGAGCUUGGAAUGGUUGAGAGAAGUUUUUUUUU